AGAAAGAGUGAUGCAGAGACAAGGAGAGCGAGAUUAAUGUGAAUCCUCGAUGGGGAAACGCUUGGACCUUUAAAUUAGGGCUAUUUUCUGGGAAUGGUCUCGUGAGUGCGUGCCGGAGUUUGCGACUACAGACAAAUAUAAUAAUAGGGUUGUCUGCGGGGAGACUCCGUCAUUCCAAUAGUGACGGUGGUUCAGCGGUAAAAUUUGUCUGCCACUCGGGUUUGUAUCUCAGCCUUGGCACAGAUAGACUUAAUUCUGAUUGUAAUUCAAAUACUGAUAUGUUUUGCCGGGAGAGAUACGGUUAGUUAGUGUUUGUUAAAGAUAUAAACUGAACGUUGUAAUGCUUGUUUAGGUUACAUUGAAAGACCCAUCUAUUCUAAAUAAUAGCGGGGCGAUUUCGAUGGAAUACGUUGUCUUGCUUUAAAUAGUCCGCUGGAAUAACGUAUUGGAAAUGGAGUCGUAUUUAAAAUGCUGAAUCAUAGAAGAGACAGUUACCUAAAUCUAAUGACUUCUAAAUGAUAACAGAGAGAUAAUUACGAUGGAGUUGUGCCCAUCGAAAUGUUUUUACUCUUAUGGAUUGACUGACAUACAUUAUAAACUAAGCGAAGUACAUGGUACUUUUACAUUUUGGAGUAGAGAAAGUUGGAAAGUUUGGUUUUACUCUUAGGAUAGAAUUAAAGCAUUACUCAGUUUGAGAAGGGGGUAUAUUUUUGCCUAGAGGCAGGAAUAAGAGAGUUGAUUGCAGUGUUGCUGUCACGAUCGUCGUUGGAAUAAGGUGAGGACCAAAGCGCAGCGUGGUAAGUGUUUAUCAUAUAUUUAUUAAACCGAGAACACUAAACAAAAUAACAAAGGAGAAACGAAACAAAACAGUUCGGAAAGGUGACAUACACAUAACAGAAAAUAAUCACCCACGAAACACAAGUGGGAAAAGGCUACCAAAGUAUGAUUCUCAAUCAGAGACAACUAGCGACACCUGCCUCUGAUUGAGAACCAUACCAGGCCAAACGCAAAACACAACAUAGAAAAAAGAACAUAGACAACCCACCCAACUCACACCCUGUCCAUACUAAAACAAAGACAUAACAAAAAGAACUAAGGUCAGAACGUGACAGUUGCCUACUAAUUUUCAGGGUAAGUUGCUGGAGGCAGGUUGAUUUGUUGCAAAAUGACGUUGUGAUAUCAUUGCGUGAUAACGUAAAACUGCUUCAUUACGUAGAAUACACAAUAACGUUACUCAAAUUGAUUUGACAGUUGUUCAGGUACAGACUCACACUCUUUUCUGUACUUAUGGCAGUACAAUUUUGAUUGAGAGAUGUUGAUUGAUGUUGUAAGUUCUGUUCAAGACUAAACAUUCGUGACCAACUAUAUUCAUUGGGUUUGGCUUGUCGAACCCGUACUACUGGGUAGUCUGAAAAGAAGCUUAUAUAUUUGGCUGUAAGAGAGGUCUGAAUAGUUUAAUCGUAAAAGUUCCGGUUAUUGAUUCCUGGUUUGAUUGUUUAGGUAACACCAGUGAAUUUGAACAGAAAGUUAAUGUAUUCUAAACAUUAUAAUCUGUUUCCAUUACGUGGAACCAUGCCAGGUCGGUAAAUGUAAUGUUAUGUUUGUUUCUAGCCUUUGGGUUUGAGGAGAUUUCCUAGAGACGAUAUCUUACACAUAUGGAAUAUUAGAAGUUUUAUUUUCUGAGUUUUAAUUAAACAUUCUUUUGAUAAAGGGAAUGUACUGGGAACCUGGGAUACAACAUGUAGAAAAUGUUUGAGGGUUUUUCUUUCAUUUGUCUCAUUUAGUAUGGAACCCGACUGUAAAAGGGUGGUAUGACCUUUGACCUCUAUCAUGGCUUUCCGUUGUGGUCUGAUCAGCCUCAUGGGAGGGCCAUUUGAAUAAUUAAUUUGAGGUAAUUUGUGAUACUGAUUUUAAGGUAAUUGAUAAUUAUGAACGAGUUUAUAGUUCUUUGACAGAAUUGUAAUUUGAACCACUGAGAAGAAAGAAAUGGCAUAGCCUUGGAUUAAUGCUAGAUUUAUGUUAAUAAGUAUUUAGAACCUAAUCCAGGCCAACAGGACAGGGAUAUAUGACAUCUGUGGUGAUUCAGGAUAGGACCUUAAUCAACCUAUGUAAUUACUUUAGAGAUUGCCACCAUAGACAUGUUUUUAUAAAAACCAUGAGUUCAGAUAAUGCCAAACAGCGAGACACUUAGUCAAGAUUUGGAAACAACCCAUAUUUGAUACUGAUUGUUGUGAGAAAGAGCAACAGACAGAUAGGAGAAAGGGCAGACGGAGGAGCCCUCCCCGCAUUGCGGAGACCUUGAAGGUUUGGGAGCAGAGAGAAGGUGUGGAAGGGAGGCUAGGAAAUCAGCAAGAUAGGAGUGACACAGAAUGGGUAGAUAACAGUUCCUGAGUGGAGACAAAAGGGGAAUGAAAGCUUAGUUGGUUUCAGGAACUAUGGUGUUAAACACGGAAACAUUGCCCAUAAAUUCUGCACAAACAGGCCGAAAUAAUAGCAUUGACUAGUGCCCUAGACAAGCACAUACACAUCUAAGACCAAACAGAGCAGCACGGAUAACUCUUAAAGUAGAUAAGACACUUGACAGAGAAUGGUUACAUGAUGGCCAUGACGGAACGCCCCGGGGAGAAUUGGACAUGUAGAGAAUGAAAGGAGCGCUCCUACAAGAUAAUGGCAGACAUAAGGAAAAUGUACUAAUCGGCAACGUUGAUACCUGGGCUGAGCCAGGUAUCAAAGGGGGGGAUAGGUAGUUGUGGCCUAGGAGGGGCUAGGCAGUUGUGGCCUAGGUGGGGCCUAGGAUAGGACACUUUGUGGCCUAUUGAAUAAUAAACUAAUAAAAUAUUAUUUUUUGUAAUAAAUAGGCAUAGAAGUUGAAGAUAUACCAGCAGAACACAUGAGAAGACUGUUUGUUAACAAAACCAGUAUGUCCAAGAUUUUAUGCUCUACAUGUGAAUUACAGGAGAAGGUGAUUCACUCAAUCCUGUCCCUGAGGAGAAUAGAUGGGAAGCAGCCAUGUUGGGAGGGGCCAUACCAAGUACUCCUGGUGACAGCCUUCGCGGUGAGAAUAGCUGCAAGAGCUAACGACACCUGCCUCUAAUUGAGAACCACACCAGGCCAAACGCAAAACAUAAUAUAGAAAAAGGAACAUGGACAACAUUGCAAGAGGAUGAUGAUGAUCCAAACUGUAUCACAUCCGGCGGUGAUUGGGAGAUCCAUAGGGCGGCGCACAAUUGACCCAGCGUGGACAAGGUUUGUUCGGGUGAUUCCAUUCACUGGGGCCAUACCUGGGGGACUACACCCCGGGGAGAUGGUCCUUAUCCAGGGCACUGUUCACAAUGAUGCUGACAGUACGUACCAAUGUGGUAACUGCAGGUUCCAGAUGGACCUAUCCUGUGGCACCAGCACUAAACCUCGUGCGGACAUCGCCCUCCACAUCAACCCCCGUUUUAAGGGCUCCCCGUGCGUGGUGUGUAACUCCCUGGUGCAGGAGAGUUGGGGCUGGGAGGAGACCCUUCAGCAGCUUCCCUACAGACAGGGAGCAGCCUUCGAGAUGAUCAUCCUGGUCCAUGAUGAUGUCUUUAAGGUGGCAGUAAAUGGUUCUCAUUUGUUAGAAUACAAGCACAGAAUCCCACUGGACAGGAUUGACACAUUUUCUAUAUCUGGCAAAGUCAAGGUGCGCGCCAUUGGCUUUAUACCAAGCUCAGCAAUAUACUCAAUCUCAGGUGACCUGAGUCUCCCUUACAAAGGCAGUCUACUGAAAGGGGUGAGUCCAGGACAGCACAUCACAAUCAAGGGACACGUCAGCAUGUACCCACACAGCUUCACUGUGAACCUCCGCAACAACGGCAGUGAGAACAUCGCUCUGCACCUGAACCCCCGGAUGAAGUCGGCCAUGUUCAUCAGGAACUCCUACCUGAGUGAGUCCUGGGGACCAGAGGAGAGGGAGCUUCCCGUCUUCCCCUUCUCACCUGGGGAGUACUUUGAGAUGCUGAUCCUCUGCCAGCCCCACCAGUUCAAGCUGGCGGUGAAUGGCUCUCACCUGCUGGAAUACAGGCACCGGGUGCAGGACCUGAGCACCAUCAACCAGCUGGAGAUCAUGGGAGACCUGGAGCUGAUGGACAUCAAGCUGUGGUGACCUAUGACAGAGGCAAGCUAGGCCACAAUGGGCUAAGCCCUAUUCUGGACGACAGGCCCGUUCACAACUCCCCCACCCUGGGCAGUGAGCAGUGCUUGAGCCAGCCUGAUUAUGGGUUCCAAUGUCUGAGCCAUGAGGUUUACAGCUGAGGUAGCCUUGGAUCUGUUUGAGUGGGUCUACAGGAUUUGACAGUAAUACUUGUAUGCACUAUCUGGUGCAAGGGAGGCUGGAAUAAUGUGUAAUGACAGGAGUAUUAUAGAAACAGCCCCAUUUACACCUUGCGCUAACCUGUGGGUUUUGUGAUCUGAUCAAGGUUUGUUGCGUCUCUACAUAGUAUUAAAAUGUAUCUUAUCCAUCCGCAUUGACUGGAUUUUCUAGUCCCUCCCUUACAUUUGAAAUAAUUAUUAAUUUAUUUAAAGACAAUUAUUAAUGCCACCUGUCAAUGAUUUAGAGGCUGGUAUGAUGAUUUAAAUGGUUUGACCCUCCAGAUCUGUUUACAAUGGCUUGUCUGACUACCUCUGGAGGUGGUCAGGAAGAUAUGACUACAAUGUAUUUUAAUCCACUACACUGGUCUAAAAAUAUGGUCACAAUCAAGACAGGUCACUUGUUAGCACCAGGUAUAAACUCAUAAUGUCCAUUUAAAUUGGACAGGGACCGUGAUUUGGAAGGGCUCGACUAAAAUAUCUCUUGGAGCUGCACGGUUUCAUCAUUCUAAAAUUAAAUACUUAACCCUAAUCACUAAAAUAAUACUCAUUCAUCCAUCUCAGGUUCUUCAGUGCUGAAACAAAUUAUAGGAUGGUUACAGGUGCUGCUUGACAACUCAGAAUAUGAAAAUAUAUAAUGUUCUGUACCUGAGGGAACAUGUGGCUAUUUAUUUACCCUCUGUAGGAUAUGUUCUUUAAAUAUAAUCCAAUAGCUGUUUAAGUUCAUACAUUAAAGGCAAUAUGGCCUGAAAAGGUUGUCACAAGGUCAAACUCUUUCAUGUGAAAUGGCCAAAUCUAGUUGACUAAGCUCACCGACCAAAUGACCUUGGGCUGGGUUCAAUCCGUAUCGCCUGAAGACCAGCAUUAUAGCUUGAUUGAAAUGUAAAGGCAACAUGCGGAGACUGCAUUGGAAAUUACCUUCGCAUUUUAACGCGUCUCUUCCGCGAUAGGGGUUAAACCCAGCCCCUAGUCUAGUGCACUUCAAUUCAAGCACAACUACAAUACAGGGUCAAACCAAUUGCACUGGGUGGUGAUGGUCCAAUGAAAACAAGGGCUGGAUUAAAUCUGUAUUGCAGAAAGAUCUGCAUUAAAAUGUAAAGGUAAAUUCCGAUUGAGCUGACAUAUGCAGCGUUUACCGUGAAUAUUGCCUUUAAAAUGUCAAAUCCAGCUAUAACGUGGAUCGAAUGUAUGACUGCAUGGCCACUAUUUUCAUGCUUGGCCAAAAGUCCAGCGCUAUAGCACGCUUAAAAUUUAAAGGUAAUUUCCAAUUGAGCAGACAUGCGUUUACCGUGAAUGUAGUCUCCGCAAACGUAGGAACAUUGCAAGUUCUUUCAGUCACCCAUUUUCAGCCUUAUUAUUUAUUUAAUCAAUUCUGUUGAUGUCCUUCUGUAACCUACAUAAUAUGAAGAAUCUACUGUAUGUAAUGUCUUAUCAUUAGCCUGCUUUUAAAUCAUUAUGAUUGGGGUCAUUUUUAAAUGUUCUAAUCCAUCCAGCAGGUCCUCAAUUACCUGUGAUAUCUAUGCACAUUUAUCACCGCUACAGAGGUGCAUUUCUCCUCUGUACCUGUGAUAUCUAUGCACAUUUAUCACCGCUACAGAGGUGCAUUUCUCCUCUGUACCUGUGAUAUCUAUGCACAUUUAUCACCGCUACAGAGGUGCAUUUCUCCUCUGUACCUGUGAUAUCUAUGCACAUUUAUCACCGCUACAGAGGUGCAUUUCUCCUCUGUACCUGUAUCUAUGCACAUUUAUCACCGCUACAGAGGUGCAUUUCUCCUCUGUACCUGUGAUAUCUAUGCACAUUUAUCACCGCUACAGAGGUGCAUUUCUCUUCAAUUACCUGUGAUAUCUAUGCACAUUUAUUACCACUACAGAGGUGCAUUUCUCCUCUUCAACCAGCCAGAUGGGGCUAUAAGUUAAGUGGUACAAACAGCGGUCGACUGGCCCAUUUUUCUCAAUCAAAACAUGCAGCGGAAAAGGCCCUACUAUAAACAGAGGCCGAAGCAAGAAAUACCGCUCCUUUCCCAUCCAAAAGACGGCACCCUACACAGGAAAAUGUAAUCAAGGUUUGAAAUGAUUGUUUUUGUUAAAUAUAUCUGUUUAGGCUUCUUAAGGUCAAUUUGCAUUAUCUUCCGACCAUCCAAUCAAGGAGAAAUUUGUGUACGAUGAUGGUUUCCUAUGGAGUUUGCUACAUUAAAAAAUAGAGAAUCCAUGUGGCUUUAGGAAAUGAAAUUCCGUUUGAAGUAAGCCUAGCCCAUACAAGUCUCUUCUUGACUGUCUCCUGGUGACAGAGGGCCCUUGUUUUCCACUCUCUCUGAUGCUGGAGGUCCCGAGGCCUUAGACCCCUGAUGAAUGGACCAUUACAGGAGCCUAGAGCAGGACUUACCCUCAAUACAUGAUGUAGAAUGAUUUUAAACUGUUGAAUGGUUUGUGUUAUUCUCAUUUAGCUACACUUAUCAAAUGCACUCGUCACAAGGCCACCAUUAAAUACCUACUGAAGGAUGUGUGACGUCAGAGGUGAUAACACAUGACUUUCAACAGGUCACCUUGAGGCUUGGCGUCAACAGAAUCUAGUUCCUUAAAAAUGUGAUUUUAUUAAUAUAUAUAUUCACAGGAAAAAGAACUUGAGGAAAAGAAAUGACCUUGGUAUGGCACAAUACAGAAUCUUAACAUGUAACUUAAACAUGUAUGAAUUAAAUGAUAUACAUCAUGAUGACAUCAA